AUGAGCACAGCGAUCCUGCAAGAAUUCGGCCGGUUACGGAGGAGGGAGUGGAGCACCGGUCUCCAGGGCCUCAAGGGGUACACCACCUUGUAUAUCAUCAGCCGCAAGGCAGUAUAUGCGACCCACAGGAAACUCGACGCCGACCUGAUCGAGAACGACUACGUCCACGCUUAUCUUAUCUACCCAGCCAAGGUUUUCCGGCAGUUGGCAGCAGAUCCAAGUGCUGCCGACUACACCAUACAGUGGAAUCAGAUCCGUGACACUGUCGGCGAGCUGGUGCCCAUGCUGCAAGACCAAUCACGCUGGACAGACAUUGCGUACAAGACGGUGGAAGAAGAUUCAGAACUCUUCUUAGAAGAUACAGUCAGAGGAAGGAAUCUCUUCAAAUACGACCGAGCCUAG